GCUGCUCGCGCAUCUCGGCGGAGCUGGACCGGGCGGAGCCUGCCGCGGGGCCGGGGCGCACCAGCCGGAUGGAGAUGUCUGCCCAGAGGUUAAUGUCUAACAAAACCUCCCCACAGUCUGCAUCCAACUCUGAUUACACCUGGGAAUAUGAGUAUUAUGAGAUUGGACCCGUUUCCUUUGAAGGACUAAAGGCUCAUAAAUAUUCCAUUGUGAUUGGAUUUUGGGUUGGUCUUGCAGUCUUCGUGAUUUUCAUGUUUUUUGUGCUGACGUUGCUGACAAAGACAGGCGCCCCACACCAGGACAAUGCAGAGUCUUCAGAGAAGAGAUUCAGAAUGAACAGCUUCGUGUCAGACUUUGGGAAACCUCUGGAACCAGAGAAGGUGUUUUCUCGCCACGGUACUGAGGAGUCCAGGUCCCUCUUUCACUGCUAUGUCAAUGAGGUGGAACACCUGGACAGAGCCACAGCUCGUCAGCAAACGACAGCCUUCGACAGCGCUGUCCAGCUCCAGGGAGCCGUCAGAAGUGGCAGGCUGCCAGAGGAAGAGAUGAGCAGGUUCAUGAAGUUUGAUAUCCCCAACUUCGUGAACAUGGACCAGAACUCCUCCUUUGGGGAGGAUGAUCUUCUGAUUUCGGAACCCCCCAUUGUUCUAGAAAAUAAGCCUGUGUCCCAGACCUCACACAAAGACCUGGAUUGAGAAAAAUGCUUUGCAUCUUCCUGAAUCUGUGUUCUGUCUUUGUAUAGCAAGAAAUUCCCAUCCACCAAAAUUGUGUGUAUGAGAGACAGUGAAGAGAAAUGGAAAAGGUUUGUAAAUGUGGCUAAGUUGGUAGUGGGGUGUGGAGGUACCAAAAUUUAUUGUUAUUAUUAUUAUUAUUUUAAUUACAAACACAUUUCAGAUGGCUUAUUCAGUUUGUGGAUUAAUAAUGCAUUUACCCUAUCUCAUCUUCCGGGUUGGCCACUUACUCGUCUGAUCUUUUUGUUUUAUUUUAAUUUUUUAUUUUAUUUACUUAUUUAUUGGAAAGAGAGAAAUGUAGAGAGAAUGGGUGCACCAGGGCCUCUAGCCACUGCAAACGAAAUCCAGAUGCAUGUGCCACCUUGUGCAUCUGGCUUACAUGGGUCCUGGGGAAUUGAACCUAGGUCCUUUGGCUUUCCAGGCAAGCACCUUAAGAACUAAGCCAUCUCUCCAGCCCAAGUCUGAUCUUUUGAGUGAGGAUUUGGCCACUGCAUUCUAAUCUAGCCUGUUGCCACCUUGCUCUGCCUUUAGCAAGUUGCUUUACCUCUGUGGUCUGCUACAUUUUUAAAAGGCAAAGCAAAAUGUAUGGAGUAGCUGACAUAGUCCAGCUCUAGUAAUUU